AUGGGCAGUAUGGAACAAAAUUCAAAUUGUACUUUUAUUCAUGAUUAUUCAAAUAGCAAUAUAAUUACUACCAUCUAUUAUGAAAGUAGUGGCAAAUCUUAUUCAAGAAAGUACAUUAUUCAUUUAUUAGCACGAAAAACUAUAUUAAUGCCUAUCAAUCGUAAGAAUUCUUUCACUACCCUUACAUCACGUUCGCAACAAAACAAACGUAUAAAAUUACUAGCUAAAGAUAUUGAAAAGGAAUCAAAAAUAAUUUUAAAACAACAAAAUUUUGAUAACACAAAAAUUCGGUAUAUUGAGCUUGAAAUUGGUGAUGAAAUAGUUGGAAUUGAUCUAUCAGAAGUGAAUUUAGAUUUUACUAGAGUUCGUCAGAAUGCAGUUGUUUGUGCAUGUGAUGAAGCGUUAAUAUUAAGAGAUGGUUAUAGACAUCUGGCAGCUAUUAGUCCAAAUCUUAAAAGAGAAUAUCAGAUUAGUAAUAGGCGAAAUGAAAUUUCUAAAUAUAUGGAAACAAUCAUUCCAAUUUAUGAUUGUAAAAUAGAAUUAGAUAAUAUACAAAAUAAUUCUAAUAAUUCUUCUAAUUCUUCUAAUAAUAAUUCUGUAAAUCCUAAUUUUUCUUUAACUAAUGAUCAAAAUGGAUUUUUUUCUUAUCGUUCUAUUAAAGAUUUAUUAAAUACUUUGAUACCAAUUUGGAAAAAAAAAUCAAUUUUAAAUAUUGGUGAUAAUAUUAAAUUAAAAUUUGGUGGUGAUGGUCAUAUAAUUACAAAUAAAUAUGCUCACGUUAUGUUUACAAUGUGCUUACUUAAUGAAGGAGACGAAGUAUUAAAACCUGAAAAGCAAUAUUGUGGAUAUUGGAAAUUUAUGGCUCUUGUUAAAGGAUUAAAAGCAGCAAAUUCAAAAUAUUUUUGUUUAUUUUGUGAAUGUCUAAAAGAUUCACGUGGAAAUUUAAAUUUACGAUGGAAUAUUUCAGAAAAUAAGAAAGGUGUUGAACAUCCAAGUCUUUUUCCAAUAAUCAAACUUGAUCAUUGGAUACCAGACGAACUACACAUCAUGUUGAGAAUAACUGAUAUUUUAAUGGGUUGUCUAUUCGGAGAUUUAAUGAUAGAUUUAAAUGAAUUUAAAAAAGUCAUCAAAAUUUUAAUUGAAAAGGAAAUGCAGAGAAUUGGGUUGACACAUUUCCAGUUUUUUGAAUCAAAAUCUAAAGGAAAAUCUUGGGAUUGGACAUCUUUAACUGGACCUGAUAAAUUGAUAAUGUUACAACAUUUUGACGUAACAAAAUUUAUUACUGGUGAUCGUGGAAAAAAAAUAUCACUUUUAUGGAAAGAAUUCUUUAAUUUAUAUCAAUUUUUACGCAAAGAUUCAUUUUCUGAUGAUUCUGAAAUUAAUUCUUUUGAGAUUAAUGCAAAAAAUUGGAUCAAAUUAUUUUGCGAACUCACUAUCGGAAAAUCAAAUUCUAUUAAUCAAAGGAGAUGUAUAUUUAAUCCUACUGAUAUAACUCCAUAUAUGCAUAUUUUUGUAUUUCAUAUUCCAGAAUUUUUAAGAAAAUUACAACAUAAAGGAUUAAAUAUGAGACAGUUUUCUACUUCAAGUAAAAUUAUUUUUGGAAGGACAACUAUGGGAGGAGGAAAUAAUAGUAACAAUAACUCAGUUUUGCAUGAUAUUUUGUCUUUUGAAAAUAGACAAUUAUAUUACUUAAUGAAUGAUACAUCCUGA